AUGCGCAUUCUUCUACAUCCAGCACUGCGCGCUUUGCCCAGAUCAGCUCAGCGCGACCUGCGCAGUCGAGUCUGGCUACGCUUCAAGACUCAAGCCCCGCUUCCAUCCCAGCGCAAUGCCCCAAAAGCACCUGUGCCGAAGACCGUCGCAGGCACCACCCCUCAAUCAACCACAAUAACAUCUUCCGCGGAGUCCGUCAAAACAACUAUUCGAAAAGGGCCACCGGAGCGUAUUCUGGUUUACUAUGGAGGAACCGGCCGAUCCAUGUUUCUGGGAAUGCUUCGAGUAACCACAAUUUUUCUCUUCGGCGCUGCAUGCUUUAUUGUAGCUCCGGCUUGCUGGGCCGAUGAGAGCCAGCAAUGGAUGACCCCACUAGUCAUAAUUGGCGGCGCAAUCCCCAUGCUCUCAUUCGCAUACGUCUCCGCUCCCUAUGUCAAUUUCGUGCAUCUAGCCUUACCCGCCUUCGCACGGAAAUCACGAGAAAUGGCCGUGCACUAUGCGAAGGAUCUCCCGCCCAAUGCAAUCCUGUACAUGAACACAAUGCGAUGGAACACCAUCCCCGCCAAACAACCGUCCGUCUAG